AUGGAAGAUCACACUAAUGGAAAGUCAGAGGCUAUAACCUCUUCAAUUUCUGAUCAUACACAAGAAAAUCCAAUGAUGAUGAGAAAGAAGUCAAGAAAAUUGAUUAUUCAUGUGUUACAUUUUGUGAGAGACUUGUUCAAGAAAAUUGGAGGUAUGUUUUCAAAAAAGGAUCAACAAGAGAAAUCUCAAAUUAUUUAUUCUCCAAGUGAUAGAUCUUUGAAGAGGAAUAAAGAAAUUUAUGAAUCUCAAAUGAAAAUACUACAACUUGAUGAAUCUCAAUUGGAAGAACUAGGAAUUGUUGCUAGUAAUCAUUGUUGUACUGGUUCAAUGACACUUACGAAGAUUAGGGAGAAACGUAGGUGGAGGUUUAAGGUGAAAACCCCAGAGGUUCAAUCAGGUGGCGGUGGCGGUGGCGGUGGAAGAGGUGGUGGUGGUGGUGGUAAUGGUCAAGGGCAAGGGCGAGGUAGGGCACAAAGAGACUUAUUCAAGAAAAUUGGAAGUGUGUUUUCAAAGAAGGAUCAACAAGAGAAAUCACAAAUUAUUUAUUCUCAAAGGAUUCCUAGUAGUCAUAGCCCUUCCAAUUGGAGUACAGUAAUUGAAGAACAUCAAGUGGAUGCCUGUCUUGGUAUUGAUCCAAGUACACCUAAGAAGGAGAAACGUAGGUGGAGGUUUAAGGUGAAAACCCCAGAGGUUUGUGGCGGCGGCGGUGGUGGUGGCGGUGGCGGUGGGAGGGGUGGUGGUGGUGGUAAUGGUGAUAAUGGUCAAGGUCAAGGUCAAGGUCAAGGGCAAGGGCGAGGCAGUGCGUAA